GGCAAAGGGCCAGGAGAAGAAGCAUCGGCAGGCAGCAGGCGUAGGGCUAGCAGCGGCAGCAGCAGCAGGAUGGGGAGAGGAGGGGGCGGCCUACGGGCCGAGAUUAGACGGAGAAAUGUGUAGAGCCCGGAGCCUGGAAACUGAACUGAUCCCCGGCGUAUUCUUCUUUCCUCUGCGGGAGAGAAGGACGAGGAAGGUCCGGUGAAGUGUUCGAGGUGAGGUCAGCGAGGCGAGGAGUGGAGGGCGAAGUGAAGGGAGAAGAGGAGUUGAGCGAAGGCGAGUUGGUCGCCGUGGAGGUGGAUUUGUGUGUGGGUUCGUUCAUGCGGGGCUGCAGCAGAUCAACGGAGAGAUGUGGUCAUCAGUGGGAGAGAAGUGAAGGGGGAAUGGGACAGGUGAGAAGAUUUUGGAGAUAGAAGAAUCUGUUCACAGGGAGUAGGAGGGGGAUUCGAGGCGAGAGUGAGUGAGCGAGCGGGGCGGUGUCGGGAGAGCAGUGCGGUGCACUCUACGCAGCUCAGCAACUGACGAGUGGAUGUGUGGAUCUAAGCUGUGAGUGAGAGCGGCUCUUACAUUGUACUCCCCCAUCGCGCAAAUUGUGAAAUCAGAAUCAUUGGCAGCAUACACGCUUGCACACACGGACCCUCACACAAACACACACACAGAUUGCACUCGAAGGGCAGUGCCUGCUGUUUGCAGCCUGCUCCAGCCUUUCGGCUACUUACCCACGCAAAGAGAGAUUGUACUCAUUGAGUAGUUCCUGCCUGCUCGCCGCCUGCCCGAGGCCUUUUCACCCACUCUCUCUCCCGCACUGUGUCUUCGUGUUGAGAUUUCUCGAGUCCAGAUUGGAUCGGCAAGUGUAUCGGUAGUUGAAUUGGCUCCCCGUAGACUUUUUGGCCAGGAUUCGCUCAUUAUUAUCGGGGAUGAAGUGGAGGAGCGUGGACCCGCGGGAGAGAAAUCUGCGAGCGAUUCCCAGAUAUUGUCUAGUCAUCCUCGCGAGGCAUUUCCACAGCCCAAGCAUUUCAGGCAAGCUAUAGAUUGCCAUUGGUGCCACUCAUGCCCCCAAAAGCUUCAACGCGCUCCAGCAGCUGCCGACAGCCAGGAGAAUGUAUGUAGCUAGCUCUCCAGCCAGCCCUUCGUAAACUCUCAAGGACUUCAACAACGAGAACAUCAAUCAAUCUUCAGCCCAGCCCAGCCCAGCCCAGGAGCAGCCCAAACUUCCUCGGAGGAAUAGUCGACGGACAGACCGCAGAAGGAAAGCCUUCACUCUCGUCCACUUCAGCCAGGGAACCCGACGAAGAGAAAGUCAAGCUGAUGCCGCCUGUGUUGGCGACGGUGAAUAGUAGUCGCCCCAGGAGGAGGACGUAAUCGGAGUGGAAAAUGUCAGCGUCGAGAUGGAUCACCCAGGGACCCAUGUAAUUGGCCAUGACGGUCAACCGUUGAGACUUGUCGGCACCAACCGAGUCCAGUGAAGGUGGGGAGAUUGUCGUCGUCGAGGUCUCUGCCUCAGGGGAGUCGCCAAGUUGUGGGCGCAAGUGGAUUUUUGAACAAAGUAGGACGCUCCCUGUUCCAGUAGAUUGAGGUGGAAGUGGAUUGAACAGAUAGCUGCUGGCUCAUCACCUCGAGGGUGGUGUCACGUCUGAUUCUUUCGGCAUUCUUAUCGUCUGAAUUCUGGACGAUUUGACUUUCGUACGUCCAUGCGUCUUCGAGGGUGGAAGGUGCAGGGAAUGAGAAGACUGGAGGAUAGCUCGGAUCAAUCUCGUCCCCCCUGCGAAUCUCAGAUCAGGCAGCGAGUUCGUGAAGCCCAGACGACGGUAUCACGAGGAGUAGUAAAAAUGUAAGCAAUGUCGUCAUAGCAGAGAACUUGAGUGGAGGAAUUUUUGGUAACGAGUCGAGAUCCAGUAGGCUAGAAAUUUUGACCGAUUGAUUGAUAAUCUUCCACACAUUCUGUGGAGCUGCGAGAGAUUUAGUUCCUCCACACUGGAGAAUGGGAAGAUGGCUUCCAGUACUACCUCCCGAGAGUUGCAAAACGCAUUUCUAGCGCAGACGCGAGACACUGCGCGGCUCACCUUGCAAGCAAAGAUGGAGAAAGUGCGCGGGCGGCUGAAGAAGUUCCGCCACAGAUUCGAGCAAAAAAUAGAUCAGAUUCCGUCGUGCUUCAAGCCCAAGAAGGACAUGCCGAAGCUCAUCUACACUGUCAUGGACAAUCGCGAAUGCGAGUCCUUGCUUUGCCAGAAUUACGCGGUCGGCGAGGGAGGCAGGCCCGUGGGGCUGCUGACCGAGGGCGAAAAGCAGCGCGGGCGCGAGAGAUUGCUGAGCGACGUGAGCUUCUGGGAGAAGGACGAAGGAUUGGACAGCGGGAAUGGCAGCGGCAACGGCGAGCUCUGGAACAUGCACGCCGACAAGGAAGGCCCGACAAUUCGACUCGCGACGUUCGACGUGGCUCUGUUCAACCUGGCGCCGGCCAUCCCCGCCGACCACCCGUGCGCUGCCGCAGCCCCCGACCAAUUCCAGUCCACCCCCGCACACUACUUAUCGAGCGAGUCGUCCAUCUUCUCGUGCAAGUCCAAAUCCACGUCCAGCGAGGCCAGCUCCGGGAUGACCUUCUUCUCGAAUUCUCGCGAGAGCUCGGAUUCCGCUGAGACCUGCGCGGUGCUGUCCCACCUCUCGUCCAAGCCGACUCAGAGCUUCCCCGUGCUCAACCCCUGCGCUCUGAUCGUCCCCAAAGUGUCCCCGGUGAAGCAGGCCGCCUUCGACAUCCGCAAGGCCUGGAGGGCCAGCCCGCUGGCCGCCAAGACGCGUGCCAUCUGCCAUUUCAAGCCCGGCAGCGGGCGCAGCAGCAGUGGCAUCCACGGCCCCUUCUACCACUCGAAGCUGAAUCCCGUCUUCAGCCUCUCCAGCGACAGCUCCCAGUGCUUUGCCGAUUCUCUGCCGAGCCUUUUCAGCAGCCAAGCUUCCUGCCAGGCCAGUGAUCCUUCGGGACUUCAAUCCGCUGCAGCUGCCGCGAGCACUCCCGAUCAGCUCGCUCUCGCCUGCUACACUCCCGUCGGGAGCCCUGCGAAUGAGAAGGUGCUCUCUUGCUUCUCGUCGCCUACCCCGUUGCUGCUGUCGGAGCCGAUCCCAUCGUCGGGCGACAAGAGUCCGGAGAGGGUCGCUGCCGCUCCGUUCGAUGGAGUCCAGUUCGCCGACACUUCGCCUUCCGCGGCGUCGUCCAGCCCGACUGAGCUCUCGAGCUCGGUUUCCCCUCAGGAUGGCAAUUUCGUUUCCAAUUCCGCCUUGACCUCGACGGUAGCGUCGCCUUGCAGCCCAAAUUUGUCGUCCAAGGAGGGCGGUGAUCCUGCGUCGUUGGGAGCGAACUAUUUGUCGAUUUUGGACAUACUGCUUGAGGUAGAUGCCGACAUCAUUGCUCUCCAGGAGGUGAGAGCGGAGGAAGAGCGCGGAAUGAAGCCCCUGUCAGAGCUCGCGGAAGCGCUGGGCAUGGAGUAUGCGUAUGCCGAAAGCUGGGCUCCGGAUUUCGGAAACGCAGUUCUCUCCCGGUGGCCCAUCAAAAGUGCUUCCGUUCAACAAAUUCAUGACGACACGGAUUACAGGAACGUUCUGAAGGUUGUGGUUUCGGUACCUCUCGCCGGUGACCUUCACUUCUACUGCACUCAACUCGACCAUCUGGACGAAGACUGGCGCAUGAAACAAAUCGACUCUUUGACGAGCAUGGUGCCUCCGAAUCAACCGCACAUCCUCACCGGAAACCUCAACGCCCUCAACCAGUCAGACUACUCGAAAGAACGCUGGGAGGAGAUCGCGGAGUUUCGAAAGAAGAACAAUAAGGUCCUUCCCAGAGGCGACGUCAUGAAGAGGCUUUUUCAGGAAAAGCGCUACUCGGAUGCAAAGGAUUUCGCCCUUGGAUCAAGUCCUACGAAAUCGCAUCAAAUCAAGGAGGAAGUUCAAGGGACGUGCCAAAACGGAACGAGAGUAGAUUACAUACUGGGGUCGCAAAAGCUACCUUUCGACUUCAUUCCGGGGUCCUAUUUAGUUGUGCCCUCGCGGGGCACCUCGAACCAUGACCUCGUCAUGGUGGACUUGCAACCGCAUUUCCACUCAUGAUGUCAGGACCGGUCAUGGCUUGUUCAUAACACUCGUCGAGCCUCAACCUGGUCUUGUCUUGUGUUACCCCUCGACCCCUACCUCCAACAACAGAGGUUAUGGAGCGACUUAAAGGCAGACAGUCGUAACCAAUGAUCACACCCGUAAUGGCUUGACAUGGGAGGUAUACCACUGUCACUUCAAAUAUCUGUAUUCUAACCUCCAGUAUGUGCCUCGAGGCAUCAGCAGCAGCAAGGGGACCUUCAAUUUCGUCUGCUCCAGCAACAACAGAACUUUCUUGCCCGGACACAGCUUGUCAAUGCCUUGAAGGUGACCCCCUGCUGCUCGGCGAGCUUCCGACCUCUUCAAAAUCAGGGCAAUGAGUUCUUGUCGGCCAAUGCUGCGGUGGGUUCAGAAAAGGAAUUGGGGAGGGGAUUUGGACUGCGCUAGCAGGAGAACUGCGUCUCGACGUCUGUCGAUGAAGUAACACGGAAGGCCGCCAGGGAAUGAAAUGCGUGGCUGUGUUUAUGUUUGUAUCUCUUACUUUGACUGUCCCUGAUAAGGCCGUGAUGGGACUAGGUGCCAAGUGCUCAGGUCGGAGAGGCCUCUGGGCGCCAAAGAGGAAGACAGUUCAGCAUUCGAAGGUGCCACAGACAGCAUUCGUAAACGACAUGUCUCGAGGGUUCGAUGGCCUAAGUAAGCACCGAUGGAGCAAGGUCUUGGAAAAUAGUCGUCCUCUGGCGAAUACACCAUAUCUGAUAGAGAUCUUGCGUCAACCUAGAGUAUAUGUAACCGGAUGCCGUGGGAUCGCCCAACAGCCACCCAGGUCGCUACACCGGUUAAAAUACUAGACUGUAUGUACAUCGGCAUGUAUACUGAAGGCCGGACAGUACUGGACGUGGGAAGGAACCGGAUAGAACUUUGAAGGGAUUUCUACAAUACAUCUGAAGACACAGGUAGCUGGGGAAGGUUUCAAAGUACACUUUUCAAAAUUUGGUCUUCUAGAAGAAGAUUCAAUUUCGCGCGCCUGCUGUUUCAUGGUCAAGUACAGGUCAGGAUCCAUCGACUGACCGCAGCAACAGAUGACUUCGUUUCACUGCAGAUGUAAGACUUAUCAUCGUCUGCAAUUCGUACUCCACCGGGUAGCGUCUGUGGAUAAUCGGAGACAAGAAGAUCGUUACAGAUCGUUCGUCUGAUAAAAUCUGUGCAGGAAAUUGCUGUUCACAAGAGUUUUCGGUAUGGCAUGAAACUCUUGUACAAGAGAUGAAUGCAUGGCCACGUUGAGGUCAGGUCUCCAUGGACCCAUUGGCCUGCAGAAACGUUACAAGCAACUUCUGCAUGUUCCGAACCUUCGAUGUAGAUGCUGUUGUCUCCAGAGUGUGGACAAAGCCAAUACUGUGGAAAAAUCUUGUCCGUUGUAUGAAGUUUCCCUCGUCUACUGUCGCGAUUCUGGCCCCGCUGCAAACUCCUGCAUGCUUCAAUCGGAGUACUACGCGCUUGUUCUCAGUGUGUCAGCCACUCGAAUUGGACCUAAAUCUAUGUUGUGAUUCUAUCUCAGGCAACAGCAUGCGCAUCUCUAAGCCCGAGACCAUUAUUUUGACUUUCAAACAACACACUCUGCAGUCACUGGUGCCUCAUCUGUUACCCGUGAUGAGACACAGUACAGGUUCAGUGGACAAACCAAUCGACAAGGAUUUCUGUCACCGAUCAGAAAGACAGGAUUUUGAAGGUAGAGCAUGCGCAUCAGGCUGGAUCUAUAUUUGGAUAGGAAACUGAGAGUAGAAUAUCGAUUUACACGCCUGAACUGAGUGCUAACCAUUUUUUUCACCAAUUGAGCUUCCAUGGAAGUUGGAAAUGCAACAGGAGGUUGCAUCCAAUGCGGAGGGUGAAUGCCCUUGGAUGCACACGCGUGUGGAUGAAGUGUUGAUCGUUUGCAAGGUGAAGUUUUGGAGUAGAAAGCUUUGGAAGUUUCUGUGUCACUGAGAAUGCCUAAAGUCUCCCAGGAAUGAACAACACGGUGUUUGUAUGGGCGCCAAAGCCCUAUCCAUGCGAAACUUCACGACG